GCUCAACAAAUACUGUGGGAGGGCCCAGUGCAGCUCACUGUGCAUUGAAAAUCACUGUACAUCAUUAACAUUUUCCAUUCCCCAACUUCCAGAAUAUUUCCCCCACGGUUUGUAGACCAGCUGAAGGAUCAUGUGGAAGCUGAGAGAGAAAUUAGAGGAAAACUGCUGAAAGAGCCUGUCUCUACUGAUUUGGUUGACACCAUGUGGGUGACUAACCUGGUAGUCAUGGCCCUAUUGGCCACUGCAGCCUCCGCUGACACCGCCGCCUCGACAGACAAGGUCCUGAGCAACCACGCCACCCUGCUGGCUGACAACAGCGCCAGCCUGGCCUUCAGCCUCUACCAGAACAUAGCCAAGGAAAAGGACCUGGAGAACAUCCUCAUCUCCCCGGUGGUGGUGGCCUCUUCCCUGGGCCUGGUGGCACUCGGGGGCAAGGGCUCCACCACCUCCCAGAUCAAGACUGUGCUGAACGCUAACAAAGUGAAGGACGAGCAGCUGCACGCUGGCCUGGCCGAGCUCCUGGAGGAGGUCAGCAACUCCAAGGCCCGUAACGUCACCUGGAAGAUCAGCAACCAUCUAUACAGCCCCAGCUCGGUCAACUUUGCAGAUGCCUUUGUCAAGAGCAGCAAGAAGCACUACAAAUAUGACCACACUAAGAUAAACUUCAAGAACAAGAAGAGCGCUCUGAAGUCCAUCAACGAUUGGGCGGCCAAAUCCACCGAUGGCAAGCUGCCCGAGGUAACCAAGGAUGUGGAGAAGACUGAUGGGGCCAUGAUCAUCAACGCCAUGUUCUUCAAACCCCAUUGGGAUGAACAGUUCCAUCAUAAGAUGGUGGACAACCGUGGCUUCCUGGUGUCUCACACUCACACUGUUGGUGUACCCAUGAUGCACCGCACAGGUAUCUAUGGCUUCCACGAUGACACAGUGAAUAAGCUGUUCAUCCUGAGCAUGCCCCUGGCCCAUAAGAAGUCCAGCCUGGUGUUCUUCAUGCCCUACCACGUGGAGCCCCUGGAGAGGCUGGAGAAGCUACUGACCCGUAAGCAGCUGGAAGACUGGAUGGGCAAGCUAAAGGAGACAGCUGUUGCUGUGUCUCUGCCCAAAGUCUGCAUGGAAGUCAGCCACAACAUCCAGAAACACCUUGGGGAGCUGGGUCUGACUGAGGCUGUGGAUAAGACCAAGGCGGACCUGUCCAACAUCUCUGGGAAGAAGGACCUGUAUCUGUCCAAUGUCUUCCAUGCCUCUGCCAUGGAGUGGGACACCGAUGGGAACCCCAUAGACAGAAGCAUCUUCGGCACAGACAAGCUGAAGAACCCCAAGCUGUUCUACGCUGACCAUCCCUUCAUCUUCCUGGUGAAGGACACCAAGACCAACUCCAUCCUCUUCCUCGGCAGACUGGUGCGGCCUAAGGGCAAGAAGAUGAGAGAUGAAUUAUAACACUUUGGAGUCUUAUGUGAAGUGUUUUUGUAUGUGUGCGUGUUAUGGUGUUUGUGUGUGUGUUUAUGUGUUUGUAUUUUUCUAUGCAAAGAGAGGAAAGGGAGAAAAUGAAUUUUACGUCUAAUACCUCAAGAGUACAUUCUCAUUUGAUCAUCAAUGUGCCAACAUUUGUGCCUGUUGUUCACUAUGUAUGAUUCAGAAUUAUAUUUUUGUGUUGUAACUUCACCUUGACAUGGUAUUAUCAUCUAGCCUGGUUUCAAAACUGAAUAUCGCCCCAUUUCACAAAAGAGAGUGAUAUUGGGUUUGGUCACCACCAUGCUUGAGUAUUUAAAUUAAGAUGAGAUCACAGGAUGGAUACUUACAUUAAGUAUGAUCUACCAAACUAUUGCUUAAAUGUAAAAUAAGUGUUCCUCUGUUUUCCUCUCCUGUCUCCAGUUGGGAUCGCAACUGAUUGCAUACUGUUUCACUUCACUUUGGAUUAUAGGCUAUUUUUCUGUAGUAGUUGUUUAUUUGAAUUUCACCGAAUCAACAUCAACUUGCUAUUGCCUGGGUAUUCAGUACUCUAUAUUCAAGAAAUAACUAAUUUAACCUUUAUUUAACUAGGCAAGCCAGUUAAGAAAAAGGUAUUAUUUUACAAUGACGGCCUACCCCGGCCAAACCUAACCCGGACAACACUGGGACAAUUGUGCGCCGCCCUAUGGGACUCCCGAUCAUGGUUGGUUGUGACACAGCCCAGGAUCAAACCAGGGUCUGUAGUGACAACUUUAGCACUGAAAUGCAGUGCCUUCGACCACUGCACCACUUAGGAGCCCACUCAUCCAUUUGAUAGUCAUUCAAAGGUGCUGAUCAAAUUGCUACUUUUUGUUUUUUUGCCAUGAUUACCAUGUCCCUUUCACCAAAUGUCUAAUUGUGAGUUUGUGAAAGGGUCGCGCCGCUGUCUGCUACUCUGCAUGGCUUUUUACUGAUCCACACUGAAGGCACUGCGCAGCACUCUAUAGCUAACUUACUAGUGAAAGAAAAAAAGUAUCAGGGAUCAAGGUAAGACCCAGAUGCAGGCUGUCGAAGUAACAAUGUUUAUUGUAGCAACAGGGGCAGGCGGACUCAGGGUCAGGGACAGGCAGAGUUCAGUAAUCCAGAGGUGGAGCAAAGGUACAGGACGGCAGGCAGGCUCAGGGUCGGGCAGAGAGGUCAGGCAGGCGGGUACAGGGUCAGGACAGGCAAAGGUCGAAAACCAGGAGGACGAGGAAAGAGAGGCUGGGAAACGAUAGGAGCUUACAGGAAAAACGCUGGUAAACUUGAACGAACAAGAUGAACUGGCAACAAACAGACAGAGAAAGCAGGUAUAAAUACACAGGGGAUAAUAGGGAAGAUAGGCGACACCUGGAGGGGGGUGGAGACAAGCACAAGGACAGGUGAAACAGAUCAGGGUGUGACAGAAAGGCCAUGUCUAUGGAAGGCGUUUGACUAACUAAUCAGUCUUGUCGUGUCUCCAACACUAUCACGUUUUGCCACAAAAAAAAAGCUUUUUGGGAACAAUGGAAUGGUAUGAGAUAUUUACAAGUUUCCUCUUUUUCCAAUAAAAUGGUAAUACAAAAGAAA